GUACUAUGUUUAUACCAUGUACAUGUACAUGUACUUGCAACUCGGGCACAAACUUGCAAAUAAACUUCUUAUAUUGUUUCCAUUGAAAGAGCUCCCACAAUUACAUAUUUCAAGUAAAAUGGUGUCCAGGAGUUUAAAAAGUGUUUUCAUUAGUAAUGAAAAUAGAGAAUACUCAGAGAGAUGGAAUUAGUUUCUGACUGUCACACACAGUAUAGCCUCUACCAGGCUCUGCAGAUCGGUGGUCUGAUAGUAGAAACUGGACAUAACUCUGCAUGUUUAGCUUAUGCCUGUACUGCUGAAAGCAACCGAUAUGUCUGUCUAUAGCACCCUUGCCGAGUUGGUAUUUGCAUAAUGAUGAACUGCAAUGACAAAAAUAGAGUCCAUAGUACGCUAAGGCAGUCGGCCGGCCAGAGGAGUUGCCAAUAUUCAAUUUAGAAUGCUUUCAAACAAUUUGGCAUACAGUAUUAGGUUUUGCAAGCUAUUGUUACUUUUCCCCCCGUGGUCAAUUAUGGUUCAUUCAAACUUGACCACGGUAAUCAACAUAGUUGUAGCCAAUUUGCCGGUUCUGCGUCAGCAUUAUACAAUCCAAACAAGCAUGUAAUGCAAUUAUAAAUUGGAGUUCAGAAACAGAUUUGUUGUAGUCCAGACUUACACAAUCUAGGACUUAAACACUUACAAUGGGCUCCUUGAGAGUUAUGAAAUCUUUAGCUCUCUCGUGUAUUUUCGUCCUUUGCUGUGGUACGGAAGUCUUUGGAAUUAUAACUGCGCAACAAGCAGCUCAUUUGAAAGGUACUUGAUAUCUUCUCUCCCUUUCUAUAAAGUGGUUUUAAUAUUUAACCAUAUUUGAAGUAGAAUCUGCUAUUUGAAAUGCUGCUGACUUCAUAUUCUUUGCGAGAAAGUUCUAACUUACCAUUAUAUUUAGCACGAAUUUCAGAGAUAAAGGCAAAAGUUGACAGAGUGAGUUUGCGGGUUGUGGAAAACAAGGAUCUGUUCACCUCCUUGUUGCAGAAAGGCCUUCCUUCUUUGGACCUUCCAACCGUUGAGCCGUCUAUACCUGCUUCCACCACAACUGUUGCAGCCACAACGCCUUGCCCAAACACCGAUACUGAGACUGUCAGCGCCUGUGAGAGAAACAUAUUGCAUCUGUCCUGUACGUGCGGAAAGACCAUCGUGAUCGUGGACGCCAUCUUCGGUCGGACGGUUGGUCGGUCCCAUACCUGUUACUGUUGGACAUGCGACACCAACUGUCGAGCAAGGAACAGCCUGUUCAUAGUGAGGAGUCUCUGUCAGGGACUACAGGCGUGCAACGUGUUGGCAAGUGAGGCUAUCUUUGGUGACCCCUGUGCGGGUACCCAGAAGUACUUGGAGGUAUCAUACCGCUGUAUUUCAGAAAGCAAUGUAGCCAUUGGUAAGACAGCAACACAGAGUUCCAUGUACAAGCCUUUUUAUGAAGCUGGAAAGGCUGUGGACGGUGUCAGGGGAACCAACGGCGCCUUGGGCUCCUAUCAAUGCAACCACACUUCAAGGCAGUAUCAGCCCUGGUGGAAGGUUGACCUGGCAGGUGUCUACACAGUCAACCGGGUCAGCAUAUUAAACAGGGGGGACUGCUGUGGAGACCGACUGAGAAACGUACUGGUGCGAGUCGGUCCUAACCUGGACAUCUUCCAGAAUGACCAGUGCGGGGAGACUUACACAUCAACCACUCCAGUUAAUGGAGAGGUCAUCGUGGUUUACUGCAACCCACCGAUGUCCGGUCGUUACGUGUCCCUGGAGCUGUCUAGACGGACAGAUUACUUAAGUGUGUGCGAGGUAGAAGUCUAUGCUGCCACAGCACAAGCGGAACGUUCAACUGUUAUACCAUCUAUAUCUGCUUCAUCCACAACAACAGAAAUAGCAACCGCCUGUGAAAGAAAUGCUGUGCAACUGUCUUGUACGGGACGCAAGACCAUCAUGAUCGUGAACGCCAACUACGGUCGGACGGUCGGUCGGUCCCAUACCUGUUACUGUUGGACAUGUGACACCAACUGUCGAGCAAGGAACAGCCUGUUCAUAGUUAGGAGUCUCUGUCAGGGACUACAGGCGUGCAACGUGUUGGCAAGUGAGGCUAUCUUCGGUGAUCCCUGUUUCGGUACCCAGAAGUACUUGGAGGCAUCAUACCGCUGUAUUUCAGAAAGCAAUGUGGCCGUUGGUAAGUCAGCAACACAGAGUUCCACUCACCGGUAUGACCCUUUGUAUGAAGCCGGAAAGGCUGUGGACGGUGACAGGGGAACCAAUGGCGCAGAGGGCUCCUAUCAAUGCACCCACACUUCAAGGCAGUAUCAGCCCUGGUGGAAGGUUGACCUGGCAGGUGUCUACACAGUCAACCGGGUCAGCAUAUUAAACAAGGGGGACUGCUGUGGAGAGCGACUGAGAAACGUAUUGGUGCGGGUCGGACCAAACCAGGACAUCACCCAGAAUGACCAGUGCGGGGAGACUUACCCAACCACUCCGGUCAAUGGAGAGGUCAUCGUGGUUUACUGCAACCCACCAAUGUCCGGUCGUUAUGUGUCCAUAGAGCUGUCUGGACGCACAGAUUACUUAAGUGUGUGCGAGGUAGAGGUCUUUGCUGAGCCAGGUUAAGAUGAAGGAAGAGUUUGGGUUUACAAGUAAUGCACAACCUUGAUAAAGGUGGUUUCACACGUGCGUAUAUUUUCAAGUGCGUAUAAGGUCCGUAUGAAAGUUUUAGCCUGUACCAGGCUCCACAGGUCACUGGAAAAAUAGUCGAAAUAGAGAAACAUAGUCACAAUUAACAUGCCAGAGGAGUUAGCUGGCCGAGGAGUGUGGUUUGCAACCAGCUAAGUCCAGUAGCAUAUUAUCUGGCUAUAUUUGUCCAAUCUGUAUUCUAAUUCUGGCGAUCUGUUGAGCCUGGUGGAGGCUAAAAUCUUCAUACGGACCUCAAACUGAAUAUUAUACGCAUGUGUGAACGCACGUGUGAACCCGGCUUAACACCUUGUAUGGCACCCAUUCUACUCGAUGCCGAUUGCGCUGUGAAUAACUCAUUGCGAUCUAAAUCGCCUUUUUUGUGAAGGUAAUUCCACUCCUGUCUAUAUGUUCAAGUCCGUAUGAGGUCCAUAAGGAAGGCUUAGCUUCUUCCAGGCUCCACGUGUCGCUCAAAAAAAAAUUAAAAUUGGACAAGUAUAACAAUGGCAGCGGGGUUACCUGGUCGCAAACCAUACUCCUCGGACAACUAACUCUCCUGUUAUGUGUCUAUAUUUGUGCAAUUUCUACUAUUUUUUCAAGCAAACUGUAGAGCCUGGUAGAGGCUUUGAAUUUUACACGGACCUCAUAUCGACUGCAAUAUAUACCCAUGUGUGAACUCCCCUUUUGGAUGCGAUUACACGACACAUGUACAAGUCCAUAUGAGGCCCGUAUGAAAUUAUUAGCCUCUACCAGGCUCCA